AUGGCAAUCAUCCAUCUAAAGUUUGAACGGAUAUUUUAUAUUCUCCGAAUAUUCGGAACCUUUACGAACACAUGGCCGGCACGUCCGGAUAUCGAAAAAAAUGAAGUCCUUCUUCGCAAUCUUUAUUACUAUUUCGCUAUUUUCAUAUUAAUGACAGUAUGGAUACCAAUGAUAAUAAAGACAUACAAAUGUCGAAAUGAUAUCGGUAUAUUAAUGAAGAACAUGUCUCACAUAGCAGCUUUAACCGAAGCUAUUUUCAAUUCAAUUUUGUGUAGAAUUAAAAGACAACAACUGCAGAGUCUGCUGAUGAGCAUCGAAAAAUUUGUGGAAGUCUCAGAAGAUCGCGAAAAAAUUAUUCUACAAAAAUAUAUAGACCGUUAUGCAAUGUUUAUCUCGGCUGUUGCGAUAUCUUUUAUCAUAGCAGGGGUCACCGUUAUUUGCGCUCCGUUAUUUCUACCUCUAGAAUUUCCCACAGAUGUGUGGUAUCCGUUUUCGACAGAACCACUAUUAAGAAAAUUUAUUCUCUACAUUAUGCAAAUAUUUAUAAUUGCACAAACUGUCUUCUGCCUUGGUGUAGAUAUCAUGAUUGCUGUUAUUUUAUUCUACUCCACAGCUAAACUGGAGAUAUUGGCUUUCGAAGUGGAGCAAGCUACUAAUGAGAUUCAUAUCGUAUCAUGCAUUAAAAAACAUCAAGAAAUAAUAGAGUAAGUGAUAAAAAUAAUAUAUUUUUUAAAAUCUUUUACAUAUACGGUUACCGUAUUAGUUAGAAUGAUGUAUUUAUACAUACGUACUUAUACAUAUUUAUAAGUACAGUGGAACUUCGUAAUAAUGCAUUGUACGGAGCUGUACUCAUUAAUCGUCUGGCACAUAUAGAAAGGAUCUUAAGCGCUAUUACGAGGUUCCAUUAUAUUAUGCACAGCAUAAAGUUGUA